GCACGCUGGGCGGGGUUAGAGGAGUUACCUGAUUGAAGAUGGGAAGGAGCAUUGCUGAGGUCGGCCGGUGGUGUGACUGUGGACGUCUCCCAGGAGGAGGGUCAAUGCCUGGAGCCUGCUCAGAAGGCUUUGUACUGGGAUUCGAUGUUGCAGAAUUGCAGCAGUAUGGUUUCUAAGGUGCUGUGUUAGACAUCUACAUGCAGCCUGAGCAAUCUCUUUGUCACUUGCAUGGCUCACUGAUGACCCAGACCUGCUCACCUGUGGAGAACACAGAACCCUGGAAGAUGGAGCAGGAGGAGGCAGUGGUUAAGGAUCUAGGUCAGCAAGCCAUCUAUUCAUUGUUCCUGAAAGAGAAACUCACAGAAGAUAAACUGAAAGAAAUGGCUGAUUCUCCAGUUAAUCUGUUCCAGGGUCUGUUAACACUCUGGGAUGUAGCUCUGGACUUCUCCCAGGAGGAGUGGGAAUGCCUGGAUUCUGCUCAGAGGACUUUGUACAUUGAUGUGAUGUUGGAGAAUUACAGCAACCUGGUCUAUGUAGAGAACUAUUGCAUAUGUGAUCCUGGCCAUCAACAUGUGAAGAAUGAAAAGCAGUGUUGUCAGUGUAAUGAGCUUGGCAAAGUGCUUCAUGACCCCUCCACGUGUGCACUUUAUAGAACAAAUGAAACUACAGAACACUCUAAUAACUACAGAUGCAAUAAUCACAGGGAUGCCUCUAUUGACUCAUCAAACCCAGAUAGACAUGACAGCAUGCACACUGGAGAAGAACCUUGCAAAUCUAAAGACUGUGAGAGAUCAUUAAAUUUGUGUCCCAACAUUACUCAAGAUCAGAGAGUCCACAAUGCAAAGAAAGAGCACAGGCUGGGAAAAUGUGAUGACUCUUUUGCAUCUGCAUAUAGUCUUUUGCAACAACCAAUCUGUAUUGGAGAAAAACCACACCAAUGUGACAAAUGUGGGAAAUACUUUAGUACUGCCUCAAGUCUUACUGAACAUCAGAGAAUUCAUACUGGAGAGAAGCCUUACAAAUGUCAGGAAUGUGACAAAUCCUUCACUGUGAAGUCAACUCUUACAAAGCAUCAAAGAAUUCAUACUGGAGAGAAACCCUACAAGUGCAACGUUUGUGAAAAAUCCUUUACUCAGUACUCAAGUCUUAAAACUCAUCAAAGACUCCAUACUGGAGAGAAGCCGUACAGAUGCAAUGACUGUGACAGAUCCUUUACCCACUAUUCAUCAUUUAGAAGACAUCAGAAAACUCAUUCUCUAGAGGAACUGUACAAAUGUAAAGAGUGUGGUAAGUCCUUUCUUGAAUCAUCACAUCUUAAAAGGCAUUACAGAAUCCAUACUGGUGAGAAGCCUUACAAAUGUGAGGUCUGUGACAAAUCUUUUAAUAUGUCCUCAAAUCUUAGAAAUCAUCAGAAAAUUCAUACUGGAGAUAAACUUUACAAAUGUAGGCAAUGUAGCAAAUCCUUUAGCCUGGAUUCUUAUCUUAGAAUACAUCAGAGAAUUCAUACUGGAGAGAGACCUUACAGAUGCAGAGAAUGUGGAAAAUCAUUUCAUCAGUUGUCAGCACUUAAACGCCAUCAGAAAAUGCAUACUGGAGAGAAACCUUACAAUUGUACAGAAUGUGGCAAAUCCUUUACCCAGGAUUCACAUCUUAGAACACAUCAGAGAGUCCAUACUGUAGAGAGACCUUACAUAUGUAUUGAAUGUGACAAAUCUUUUACUGAGUGCUCAACUCUUAGGCAACAUCAGAAAAUUCAUACUGGAGAGAAACCUUACAAAUGUAUGGAAUGUGACAAAUCUUUUUCCCGUAACUCACAUCUUAUAAUACAUCAGAAAUUUCAUACUUGUUAUAUUUCUUACAAAUGCAAAGAAUGUGACAUGUCCUUUAUUCAGAUUUUGAAUCUUAGAAGACACCAAAAAAUUCACUCUGUUGAGAAAUACCAUUGCAAAUAAUGUGACAUAGCGUUAUCUGAAAUUCACAACAAUAGAAACAAGGAUAAGAAACUUGUGAAUGCCUUAAAUCUUAAGAAAUUUCACAGGAUUUAUAUGAAAAUAAAAUUCUGCAAAGCUGCAGUCGCCAAGCCGGGCGGCCUGGGAAAGUCAGCAGUGCAGCUGCGGAAACCGCUGCCCGGCGGCCCUGGAACCUCCCAGGGCUCACUGAUCACCCAGACCUGCUCACCUGUGGAGAACACAGAACCCUGGAAGAUGGAGCAGGAGGAGGCAGUAGUUAAGGAUACAGGUCAGCAAGCCAUCUAUUCAUUGUUCCUGAAAGAGAGACUCACAGAAGAUAAAAUGAAAGAAAUGGCUGAUUCUGCAAUUAAUCUCUCCCAGGCAGUCCUGCCCAACAUCUUUGAGACUGUCAAAGAGGACCAGCUACCAUAUCAGGAGAGACACCCACCAGAUGAGCCAGAGAUACAACCUGUUGAUUGGGUUUGGGUCGAGAAAUAUAUGGCCCAGCAGCUAGGAGGAAAGUGUACUGGACUGUUCGAGGUGAUCUUGGCCACACCGACUGCUGUUUAUGUAGCUGACAAGUCUCACUGGAUUCAGCAGAAUCAUCUAAAGCUGUCAAAAUCUAAACAUGUGCCUAAGGAAUGGGUGCUAAGGCCACUGGGACCUACCAAGGGUCUGUUGACAUUCAAGGAUGUGACUGUGGACUUCUCCCAAGAGGAGUGGGAAUUUCUGAACUCUGCUCAGAGAACUUUGUACAUUGAUGUGAUGUUGGAGAAUUACAGCAACCUGCUCUCUGUGGAGAACUGCUGCAUAUGUAAUCCUGCCCAUCUACAUGUGAUUAAUGAAAAGGAGUCUUCUCAGUGUAAUGACCUUGGCAAAGUGCUUCAUGACCCCUCCACAUGUGCAUAUUAUAGAACAAGUGAAACUACAGAAAAUUCUAAUAACUACAGAUGCAGUAAUCACAUGGAUGCCUCUGUUGACUCAUCAAACCCAGAUAGACAUGACAGCAUGCACACUGGAGAAGAACCUUGCAAGCCUAAGGACUGUGAGAAAUCUUUAAAUUUGUGUUCCAACAUUAAUAAAGAUCAGAGACUCUACACUGCAAAGAACGAGAACAGGCAGGAAGAAUAUGAUGACCAUUUUAGCUCUACAUACAAUGGUUUACAACAAAAAUUCUGCAUUGGAGAGAAACCACACCAGUGUGGGAAAUGUGGGAAAUCCUUCAGUACUGCCUUAAGCCUCACUGUACAUCAGAGAAUUCAUACUGGAGAGAAGCCUUACAAAUGUCAGGAAUGUAACAAAUCCUUCACUGUGAAGUCAACUCUUACAAAGCAUCAAAGAAUUCAUACUGGAAAGAAACCCUACAAGUGCAACAUUUGUGACAAAUCCUUUACCCAGUGCUCAAGUCUGAAAACUCAUCAAAGACUCCAUACUGGAGAGAAACCUUACAAAUGCAGAGAAUGUGGAAAGUCAUUUCAUCAGUCCUCAGCACUUAAAAGCCAUCAGAACAUGCAUACAGGAGAGAAGCCUUACAAAUGUAAGGAAUGUGACAAGUCCUUUGCCCACUAUUCUAACUUUAGGAGACAUCAGAAAAUCCAUACCACUGAGAAACAUUAUAGGUGUCAGGAAUGUGGCAGGGUCUUUCAUUGGCUUUCACACUUAAGGAGACAUUACAGACUCCACACUGGAGAGAAGCCUUACAAAUGCAAUGAUUGCGACAGUUCCUUUACCCACUAUUCAUCAUUUAGAAGACAUCAGAAAACUCAUUCUUUAGAGGAAUUGUACGAAUGCAAAGAAUGUGGUAAGUCCUUUCUUGACUUAUCACAUCUUAAAAGGCAUCACCUAAUCCAUACUGGUGAGAAGCCUUACAGAUGUGAGGUCUGUGACAAAUCCUUUACCUUGAACUCAACUCUUAGAAGACAUCAUAAAAUUCAUACUGGAGAGAAACCUUACAAAUGUGAGGUAUGUGACAAAUCCUUUAGUGUAAUAUCAAAUCUCAGAAAUCAUCAGAAAAUUCAUACCGGAGAGAAACUUUACAAAUGUAGGCAAUGUAGCAAAUCCUUUAGCCAGGACUCAUAUCUUAGAAUACAUCAGAGAAUUCAUACUGGAGAGAGACCUUACAGAUGCAGAGAAUGUGGAAAAUCAUUUCAUCAGUUGUCAGCACUUAAACGCCAUCAGAAAAUGCAUACUGGAGAGAAACCUUACAAGUGUACAGAAUGUGGCAAAUCCUUUACCCAGGACUCACAUCUUAGAACACAUCAGAGAGUCCAUACUGGAGAGAGACCUUACAGAUGUACAGAAUGUGACAAAUCUUUUACUGAGUGCUCAACUCUUAGGCAACAUCAGAAAAUUCAUACUGGAGAGAAACCUUACAAAUGUAUGGAAUGUGACAAAUCCUUUUCCCGUAACUCACAUCUUAGAAUACACCAGAAAAUUCAUACUUGGUAGAGACCUUACAAAUGCAAAGAAUGUGACAUGUCCUUUAUUCAAAUUUUGAGACUUAGAAAACAGUAGAAAAUUCAAACUGGAGAGAAAUACCAUUGCAAAUAAUGUGACAUAGCCUUAUCUGAAUUCUCUGCUUAGAAAUCACACUAAUAGAAGCAUAAAGAUAUGAAACUUGUGAAUGUCUUUAAUCAAGGUCUAAAUCUUAACAAAUUUCACAGGGCUUAUAUGAAAGUAAAAUUCUACAGGGAAAGUUUUGUUGUUUUUUGUUUUUAUAUGGUUGCAUUGUAUGUAAGUAUUUCUGUGUACUACAUGUAUGUCUGGUGCUUGGAGGGUCCAGAGGAGGUAAUCAGAUCCCUUAAGCCUGGAUUACCAGAAAAUUGUGACCUGUUAUAUGUGUCUAGAAUUGAACCCCAGUCUUCUGGAAGUGUAGUCAGUCCUCCUAACCACUAAGUUGUAUUCUCUAGCCCCUCAGAAAAGCUGUGAUAAAAAUACUGGGUUCAACAUCUAAAAAUUCAUAAUAAUAGUGAUGUGAUGAUGCAAACCUUUAAUCCCAGCACUCAGAAGGCAAAGCCAGGAAGAUCUCUGAGUCAGAAGCCAUCCUAGUCUACAUAGUGAGUUUAUAGACAGCCAGUACUACAUAACACUGUCUAAAUAAUAACAAAAUAUCAUAAUGAGGACAAAGUAUGGUAACAUUAAAAAAUGUGACAAAGCACUCUAAUUUUGUGCUUGCAACUGCUUCAACCUUAGGGGAAUCUUGCCAUGGUGAUCUUUAUAUGGUUUAUAGGCAUCAUAGAUGGACAGGACUGUUGCUUCCCUCCUCUGGGAGCAUACAUGGUGCUUCUGGUAGCAUAAACGAUGUUGGUCAAGGAGAAGUUCAUUUAUCUUAAGACAUGGACUCUCGGUGUGUUCUCAGCUGUCCUAUACUCAUUGUGUAGAAAAGGGUAGCAUAGAACUCUGAGAUUCCCCUUGCUUCUGAGUCCUUGGUUUAAGGCUUAAGGUUUAAGGCAUGACCUCGCCUAACUAGACAUAACUUUUUCUUUUCAUGUCUUGUAAAUUACCCAAGGUAACUGCACCACCUAAGUGACAUUCAUGAAUAAUCAAGUGGAUCUCAUUUCUACUGACAUUAAAGACUUAUAUUCCACUUAAUUGGAAACUCUAAUUGAAAUAUAUGUUUCCAUGUGCUUACAACAUACCAAAUUACAACAUAAAGUAAAUAAUGUAAGCAGAACUACAAGUAGAAAGGAGACGGAACAAGUGAUAAAAUGCCCUCUUCACUCCAGGAUUAGGUCAACAGGGUUCUAUCAAAACUUCAAAUAAACACAGCAAAGCUACUUAAAAUACUUCUUGGAAUAAUUAAGGAAGUUUUCCUGAACAUUGAUACAACCAAAAAGAAAUUAUGAACUGAUGAGGUCAAUAAAAAAAGUA